GCAUGCGCGGGCCAGUGUGCCUGUUUUCGUAAGCGGCCGCUGCAGUGAUUCGAUGGGGGCUCACGACCAUUCUCGGGUGCGGUUGUUUGCAGGACUCGGAGGGGCUGGUUUGUUCCUGUUGUUCAUAGUCCUGUAUAGAGUCGGGUCCGAGUUGGAGGUGCUAAAUCAGUGGGCUACUUAUUCAUUGUGGCGGAUACAGAAACCACUCUACAAACUUGAUCUAGAGUGGCCAAAGUUUUCAGAAGAAUUUACUGGUCAAACAUUUUGUGUUGCUGUUGAUCAUCUCCAGGGAUUAGUCUACGUGGGACAGAGAGGUAAUGAUGACGUGCCAAAGGUCUCAGUAUUCUCGGAGGAAGGCUAUCUUGUACAAACAUGGAAAACAGCCACCAUUGAGAUGCCCCAUGGAAUCUUUGCACUGAACACACCUAAUGGAAGCUCUGUGUGGAUUACAGAUGUAGGAAAUGGAAAAUAUGGCCAUACAGUGAAACAGUACAGCCCUUUCGGUGAACUCCUUCGAGUCAUAGGUACUCCAGGUAUAGCAGGUUCUGAUACAGACCCUCUACAGUUUGACCAGCCAGCAGAGGUUUUUGUGGAAUCAACCGGAAACAUUUACAUUGUGGACGGUGAUGGAGGACUAAAUAACCGCUUGCUCAAAUUGACAAAAGAUUUAAAAAUUCUAUGGCUACGUGGAGAAAACGGUACUGCGCCUACACAGUUCAGGAUUCCACACAGUGUAACUGUGGAUUCGGUUGGGCGGGUCUGGGUUGCGGAUAGAGCCAACUGGAGAAUCCAAGUUUUUGCAAAAAGUACUGGGGAAUGGUUAGGAUCUUGGGAUAAGUGCUUCACAGAAGAUGGUCCUUACUCUGUAAGGUUUACUCCUGAUCAGCAGUAUAUAAUUGUGGCCCACCUAAACGUUAAUAAGAUUUCUAUUUUGGCAGCCCCACCAGUAGGAUUAAUUGGGGAUUGCAUUGUAGUAGACACAAUCCAGCUUGCAAGAGAAGUCAAGCCUCAUCUUCUGGAUGUCAGCUUAAGUACUGGAGCCAUAUAUGUGGCAGAAAUUGGAGCUGAACAAGUACAGAAAUAUGUACCUUUGGACUAACGGUAUCUUUCAUGCCAUACAAGCAAGUGUGGAAUCUCUCAUCUGUCACAACUUGAUGUGGUUCUUAGAUUCCUCUCUGUCUCACAGCUGAUUGCUGUGCUAGUUGGGGCGGGGCGGGGGGGGGAUCUCUAGGAGUAGCUGGCGGAGGGAUUUUGCUCUACUUGAUGGCCUGCUCUCCCCAGUUGUGCAAUACUUGAAAUAACUACUGAUGCAUUCUGUGCAUUUAUCUCAGGGACUAGUUUGUCUUUUAGUAUUUUAGCUAAAUUUUACGGACCAUGUUUUAAUUGGUUUUUCAUAUUUCUCUUGCAAUACAAUUCCAAGAGUUUUUCUGUUCAUUCUUUUAACAUAAUCAGAGUUAUGUGCUUGCAGUGGUUUUAUUGCCAGCCUUAAAUUUGUUUACAGUCAGUGGGAGACAACAGCAUAUUUGAUUAAAUAAACAGGGAGGGUGGGAGGGCUAUUGCAGUAAUCUCAGGGAGCAACUCCUACUCCAUGAGCAGGUAAGAUCUUUGAAAAACACAUAUACUUCAGCAUUAGUGGAGCCUGGGCUAAUGGCAAUCCCUGUCCACUGAAGGUUUUUCUAAGCACAGCCCCUAUUCAAAGGCAACUUAAAGCGUUCCUUCAAUUGCUGAUUUGUUUUCCUGCUAUAUUUUGGUAUAGUACUCUGAAAUGGAUAUUUUAAAAAAUUUGGUAUGUUGUGACUGUUCAGCCUACCAAACCAGUCCUAUACAUUAUCGUUGCCUUGUUUUAUACUCAUUAUUGUGAUGGUUCUCAUCUUUUAAAGAAACUUUUUCUGAAUAA